AUGGAGGGUGAUGAAAUGGGACCCGAUAUUGUGGGUGAGAUUGUGACCGACGACAGUCCCGACAUGAAAGUACUGCCCACCAACCAAGUGAUUCACAUGGACUUGGCCCGAGAAAAGCACCAGGAGACGCUCAGUGGACUGGAGAGCAGCCUGGAAGGCCAGGGUUUCAUGAAGGGCCACGCGCUGCACUCGCCCGUGAGUCAGAUGCUUCUGCAGGAAGGGGAGGCCAAUGGGGAGAUAAUCCUGGUGCCCAACUCGAUGAUCAAGCAGGAGGACAUCAUCGAAGGGGGCGAGGUGGUGGUGGGGCCCUCGCCUGACAUGGCCGUCGAGGAGGCCCUGUUCGAGCCCACCCUGGAGGAAGACUGUCGCGCGCUGGCCCCAAUCGAAGAGGUCGGCUACGAGUGCCAGGACUGUGGUGCGGUGCUCAAGAGUCGCAGCGCAUUCAAAAAGCACGCCCGCAUGCACCAUGGCGUGUCGCGCAAGGCGGCUCGCAACGCCAGCUACGCCAGCUCCGAGGAGAGCUCGCUCUGUCCGCUCUACUCGUGCCCGUCGUGCCCGUACAUGUCUCCGCGACGUGACAAGCUGGACAAGCACAUAAUGAAGCACGUGCUGCAGGAGGGCUUCCACCCUUGCGGCAAGAAGCGCCACAAGCCCGAGGCCCCCCCGCAGAGGCACCGGCACAACGCGGAGGAGUACCGCUGCCCCUUCUGCCCGUACACGUGCACCGUGUACAAGGCGUACCGCAAGCACCAGAAGGCCCACAUGCUGGGUGCCGCCAAGCUGGCACCCGUCAAGUUGAGCUGCAAGAUCUGUGGCAAGGACCGCUCCACCGAGGCCGACAUGCAGAAGCACAUGAAAAAGCACCCAUCCAGCUGA